AUGUUCGCAGCUUGGGUGCCCUAUAUCCCUCUUAAAACUGGAAAGAGAGAUGGCAGAAAAAGAAGAGCUGAUAUACUUGAGCAGUACUUUCCUGACCACAAUGAGAGCAUGAGUGUUGUUCUUGAGAGGUUCUCCAGCAUUGGAAUUGACACCCCUAGAGUUGUCACUUUGCUAGAGGUAGAUCCUGAACUCAACCCGGAACAUGUUGAGCACAUGCUCCACAAGUGCCCAGAUGCAAUCCCUGAAGCUAAGGCUGUGCAGUAUGUGAGAAAUAACCAAGGCACGUCGAUGAAACUUGAUAACAAUUACUAUCUGAACAUAUUGGAUAACAAGGGCUUGUUGAUUGUUGAUCACUAA